UGAUUGUCUGAGACUAGAUUGGGACUAAUACCGUAUACGCAUCGUGUUAGUCACAUUGACAAGAUUAUAUGUCUUUAGCAAUCUUCAGCAAGUUUGAUUACCCGACCAAGAGAUCUGAUCGGUGUGUUGGUAUUGUAUGCGUGCAGCGUGCAGCGUGCAGCGGGCGAGGGUUGGAACUAAGCGCCUGCAGGCUCCUGUGAUGUCCCCUUACCGUAGCAGUACCUGCGUGGACCAAUGGUGAUAUUUUGUCAAGUUAGCAUCUCAUUGGUCCUCGAGAUAUUGGUCGUACGAGAAAUGUUUCAUGGGACAAGAGUGUGGGCGGCAAGAGGAAUCCUUCAGAAGAUCGGCUCGAUAUGACUUUGACAAUACUUCCUGACAUUUUUACGUCGUCCACGAACCAGGUUGAUGAUGAUGAUGGGCACAGUAGAGUGUGACAUUUGACGGACGGGCUCCGUGUUGACAUUGUACAGUAUGGUCUGGGGUCUCGACGUGGAAGCUCGUCCUCUCAAAGGUCCUCCAAAAUCAAACGGCAGGACGUUGAUGCGACAGGAUUUUCUGACGAACUGAAGAUUGGACGAGUCAGAAGCGGACCUUUGCCGUAUUUUUACCAUGGCGGUGACAUAAGAGCGAAGUUGAGGCGACUGGUCCGUGUUUGUGUCCAACUUGAGUAUGCUGCAUAGAGGAGCACAUAUCGUGGGAUCAACAAAGUAUGAAGUACUUGGAAGUAUGAAGUACUUCUUGGGAAUUGUACUGUCGAGACGCCAUACGAAUGGCUUCGUCCAUAGGGGUCUGGUGGAUAGUUGAUCGUGCCUGGAUUGGAUUGGGGUGUGUAUAGGUUGAGCAAAUUCUUUUCUCUGGUCCUCAGUCCUCUUUCAUCCCAUCCCAUCUCAUCCCAUCCCAUCCCCAUCCUCCUUCCCAUUCUAUUUUCCACCAGCAAGCCUUUUCCACUUCCUCCUGGAGUUGGCUGGUUGACUGGUUGACUUCUUCGCUUGGCCCUGAGCGCCGUCGGCUCGCUGUGCUUCUCGUCCUUUCCCAACCAAUCCUGGAUCAGACGAAGCGCCGGGAGCUUGGCCGAAUGUCCGUGGCCUGUCCAAUGUCCAAUGGCCAUAGCCUCAUUGCCCUGUCGAUAUGGUUGCCAAAGACGCCAUUACUAGGCUGUAGGUGUGGUGUUUUCGAUAUGAACAUGCCACUUCUUCCUCCUCAUUUCUGUGCUGCCUUCGCUCUGAUUUAUAUGAUUUUACAGCCUUUUUCAAAAUCGUACGAUUCUUCGAACGACUUCUCUUGCCAAUUCUGCACUCACAUCCCGAGACCCCUGAUGAGCCCCUGGUCCCUUUGCUGCCAUCCGUUCACCGUUCAAUAUUCCGACCAUUUGAGACUGGCGCGGUGCCGACGCCUGGGGACGGUCAAUGCGACGGCAGUUCUUGCGACACUCAACGUCUCAGAAGCCUCUCAGACGCCCCUCUUUCUGGCCAAGCUUUGAUGACAGUCCCUCAUCCUGGAGAAUAUCACCACUGGAUUAGGAGGCCGAAACCUUUUGCAACGUCUGGUCUUCGACACAACCGUCCAGCCCGAUCCGCGCCAUCGCCUAAUUCUGAAGUUGGGAUGACAGUUCGCUGAACACUUGCUGACUACUCGGUACUCUGUCAAUCUACUUGGAAGUAUCUUCCUUGAACCGCCAUCGCUGCCGACCGGCGACCACUCAGAAGCCCACUCCGACCACCCCCAGCGAGUUCCAUGGAACUUUUGUUAUCCGAUCUUGUACCCCACGAACUACCGCACGAGCGUCAUCUUUGAACGGGCAGGCCACAAGGGUUGACUUCCCGCCCUAAAUCAUAUAAGCCCCUUGAUCCCCUUUCGCAUCUCUUCUCUACCUAGUGUCACAGGCGGGUAGCUAAGCUUUUCGCCUUUAACCAUAUCAUCUCGCACUCCUGCUGGCUCAGUCCUCUAUUCAUUCCUUCUCCUGGUGCGGGUUCGACGUAUUAAUAAUUUAGUGAGAGGUGUAGAGAAGUCGUCGUUCGUUUAUCGAAUUCUCAUUUAGCAUCUUCGACCGAGACUCAACUGUCGGUACCGUCGCUGGUCGACUUUUUAAUAAUACUUUGGGCUUUUGGGGCGAAACAAACGACAAGAUGGGGUUCUUAUCAUAUAUGAAAACGCAAACGCGAGGGUCGAAACUGCUGUUCAACUUUUUGUUUCACGGCUUUCACUGUGGUCUUUUCGCAUUCGGAUGGUACGUCGUUUGGUGGAAGCCUUUUGGCAAUCAACACAGGAUGCUAAUGUGGUCGUAUAGGUACAAACAAGCUACGGAAAAACGACUCGCUGGUCUCAACUCCCUCACAUUUUCGGUAUGGCUGUCUCGAGGAGCAGGAUUGGUUUUGUCGGUGGACGGUGCAAUGAUUCUAUUACCGAUGUGCCGGAAUCUCUUGAAAUGGAUCAGACCGAAGAUAAAGUUCAUUCCAUUGGAUGAGUCGCAAUUCUUUCAUCGACAAAUCGCAUAUUCAUUGGCCUUUUGGUCCGCCGUCCACACUCUUGCUCAUUAUGUCAAGUAGGUCAAUGCUACGACUACUUGCAAAUCCCCCUCUGACAUGAAAUAGUUUCUUUAAUGUUGAGAAGACCCAAAUUCGUCCUCAAACCGCCAUUCAGAUUCAUUAUGGAGAUGCCGGUGGAAUUACUGGACAUAUCAUGUUAUUGAUUAUGAUGCUCAUGUACACCUCGGCGCACGCUAAAAUCCGACAACAAUCUUUUGAAACUUUCUGGUAUACCCACCACCUUUUCAUUCCUUUCAUGCUUGGACUUUACACUCACGCAACUGGGUGUUUCGUCCGUGACACUCCCCUUCCCUUCUCACCUAUCGGAGACCACGAGAACUUCUGGACUCACUGCAUUGGUUACGAAGGUUGGCGAUGGGAGUUAUGGGGUGGUGGAUUGUACUUUUGUGAGAGAAUUUACCGUGAAAUCCGUGCUAGAAGAGAAACCAAGAUUGUUCGUGUCGUUCGUCAUCCAUACGGUAAGCUCUCCCUAUUUUGUUUUAUGUGCAAUACAUACUAAUAUCACAACAGAUGCCAUGGAAAUCCAGUUCAAGAAACCAUCAAUGAAGUACAAGGCAGGACAAUGGUUGUUCCUCAACGUUCCUUCCGUCUCUUAUCAACAAUGGCAUCCAUUUACCAUCACCUCUUGCCCAUUCGAUGAAUAUAUUUCCGUUCACGUUCGACAAGUUGGUGAUUUUACUCGCGCUCUCGGAAAUGCUCUCGGAGCCGGUCCAGCACAAGCCAAGCUCUAUGAGGGAGGUGAUCCAAAUCAAAUGUACGAAGUCGCUCUCCAGAAUGGACAAGAAAUGCCCACUCUACGAAUCGAUGGACCAUACGGAGCACCAGCCGAAGAUGUUUUCGAUAACGAAAUCGCCGUCCUAAUUGGUACCGGUAUCGGUGUCACCCCUUGGGCCGCCAUCCUCAAGAACAUCUGGCACAUGCGCAACGGACCUAAUCCACCAACCCGUCUUCGUCGUGUCGAAUUCAUCUGGGUCUGCAAAGACACCACUUCCUUCGAAUGGUUCCAAGUCCUCCUCUCCUCCCUCGAAUCCCAAAGUCAAGAAGCCGCCAACCGCCCAGGCAUGGCCGGCACCGAAUUCUUGAAGAUCCACACCUACCUGACGCAAAAACUCGACAGCAACACCGUGAACAACAUCAUCCUAAACAGUGUCGGUUCCGCCGUCGACCCGCUGACCGAACUCAAAUCACGAACCAACUUCGGCCGUCCAGAUUUCGGCCGCAUUCUCGAGACGAUGCGGGAGGGGAUCUUGGAUCGAACUUACUUGAACGGUCUGGAGGGCAGCGUGCGAACGAAUGUUGGUGUCUACUUUUGUGGACCUAACGUCGCGGCCAGGGAGAUUAAGAAGGCGUGUAAGAAGGCCUCUGUGCCGGAAGUCAAUUUCUCGUUCUGGAAGGAGCAUUUCUAG